CUUGACUGGCGCCAUUACUUAAACCAUAGCAGCACGAACAAUCCCUGGCUAGGAAACCACACCGUCGCAAACUCCGGGGCAACUCUGGGGGCAACUUCUGGACCCGCACACAGAAAUUGUGGGGUGUCCUCCUGAGGGCCGGGCUCGACGAGCAAAUACAUUUUAGCUACUCCUACUGACUUCACAUUUAACAGCUGAUAUCUACGGGCACUGCGAGGGCUCGCUGCCCAAGCGUGCGAGUUCCCGUUUUUGAGCCUUUAGCCUACUUUUUAUAGUGAUAUAAGCAAAAGGACUGCACCAGCGGGCAAGCCUCCUGGCUCCCUUCUGGGGGCGGGGCCCCUCGCCUGGCAGGCCUGCCUUAUGGAGGAGCUUAAGCCCCAGUGGUUACGCGGAAGUUCAUCGACACUUCUGCACCGAGGCGACCCAGGUGACGCCACGAAGUGGUCUAAACCACCCAACAACGACAACACCAGCUCCAGCCAGAGGUCAUUAGGGCCACCCGACCCCUGGUCCAACUCGCGCAUCUCGGGCGGCGCUCCCUACACGGCCAGCGGCCCCAGCAACGGCAGCGGCCCUGCGCGCGUUUCCUCAAGUACCGAUUUCGGACGGCCCACCGGCACUGGCGUCGGCGGUCCUGAUGCGCGCGACCGUUUGUCUUCGGAGCGCUCCUGGAAGGCCCUAGGCACUCCGGGCGGUUCGGGGGCCUCGUCUUCUCGGUCCGGGUAUGUGCCGCCGGGUGGUGGCGGAGGCGGCGGCGGUAUUGGCGGGCUGCGGCCCGGUGGCGCUGCGCCGCUGCGGGACGAUCCCACCCGGGACCGAGAUGCCGGCGCCAUCUCACUGAAGCCGGGCGGCGGCACCGGGGGCUAUGGGGGCUUCGGGGGGCGGGGCGCGUUCAGCAGCGCCGGCAGCCGCUCCCUCGGCGGCGCGGCCGACGGCGCAGAUGGCGGCAUGGGCGGUGGACGGCUGGAGCGGCCACAGGAGAGCUGGCCAAUGCCCACGUCAUCGAAUGCCGGUGGUCGUGCGACGCCGUCGGGUGCGGGUGGCACCGGCGGCGCCAACGGGCGGCCGGGCGAGGAUGGCAUGCGCCCGGGAUUGGCGAACGGCACCAGUGGCGUCGGCCCAGCUGGUUCCAAACCUGCGUCGCAGCAGCCGCUCAGCCUCGAAAAGGAUUUCCCCUCGCUGCGGCCGGCGGCCGCCGCAACAGCCAACGGCUCGUCUGCCACUGCGCCCGCUGCCAUGUUGGGCACUUCGGGCGCCGCUGGCGGUGUGUCCUCGCCGCUGCUGGACCCGCUGAGCAGCAGCAGCAGCUCGGCGGCGCCGCCCUACCGCCAGACGUUCCUGUCGGCCCGGACCACCUCCAACUGGACCAGCAAGCUGGCGGAGGCGCCGCUGCUGCCACCGCAGUCGGAGACACCAGCGCGGCUGCUGGACGACGGCGCAGGCGUCGCAGGCGUGCUGCCGGCUGCCGCCGCGCCGUCGCCCUCACCCUCGCCGCCGCCUGUCGCGCCCGCUGCGCCUGCACCAGCGGUGCCGCCGCGGCCGGCGGGCGUCUGGGGCUCGGCCGCUGCCGCCGCAGUCGCGGCGGCGGCGCCAGACGGCGGUGCCGGCAGCAGCAAGGCCCGCAUGGAGCAGCUCGCUGUGCGCCAGUCGAAGCAGCUCAUACCCGUGCUCAGCUCGGGAAGCAGCAAGGCCAAGGCGGUGGGUGGCGUGCCGGCGGCGCCCAAGCCCGUGGUGCCGGUGCCCACGCCGGGCCUGCUGAAGCUUAUGGGCGCCAAGCGGACCGGGGCGGGAGCUGGCGUCGGGGCCGGAGCUGGCCUGGGCGGCGGCGGUGACGACACGGGCGGCAGCGGCGUGGUGGUACUGACCAGCAACACAGUGCUGCUGACAAAGAAGGCCGCCGCGCCGCUGGACAAGCCGCUGGUCGCGUUGCGGCCCGUCACGGCUGCGGCAUCUGCCGUGCCUCCUGCGCCUGGCCCUGCCGCUGCAGCUGCAGCUGCAGCAGAGCCGCAGCCUCCGUUGGUGGGAGCUGUUGCGGACGGCGUCGGCGGCGGCGUUGCCAACGGCCUGGCGAGCUCAGGGUGCUCCGUGACGGUGGAGGCGCGCCCCGCGUCACCGGUUCCGGAGGCGCCGGCGCCGGCGCCGCAGCAGGAGCCGCAGCAGCAGGAGCCGCAGCAGGAGCCGCAACCCGAGCCGGCGCCCGGGCCGGAAGCGCCGGCGCAGCCGUUGAUGCCGCCGCCGCGGGCGGCGCCGCACCCGGCGCUGCAGGUGACGGCCGAGGAGGAGGCGUUCCUGAGGUCGCUGGGCUGGACCGGCUUCGACGAGGACGGCGAGGACGACGAGACGGCGGCGCUGACGGAGGAGGAGAUUGCCGCAUUCCGGGCCCAACAGCAGCAGGCCACCCUUCCGGCCGCGGGCAGCAUCGUCGCGGCGCCGCAGCCGCACCCUGCGGCCCACGAGCCGCACGCGCACGCCCACUACCACCAGCCGCCCCACCACACGCACCUGCACCACCAACACCACGCCGCCCUCCCGCAGCACAACCCGCUGCACCAGCACCACCAGCCGCCGCUGCUCGCUCCGUACGCCGGCUCUGCGCUUGGGCCCCGCUACGCCCCCAAGCCGCUGCCGGUGCCCAUGCCCAUGGGUGCGGGUGGCGGUCACACGGUCCCGUUGAUGGUGCCAAUGGCUGGCGGAGUGGCUGCCGGCGGACGACAGGCGGCGCCGCGCGCCGUGGUGGGCGGCGGCGGGCGCGGCGGCGGCGCCGUUGGCGGCAAGCCCCUGAUUGUGGCGGCCAGCUAUGGCAGUGAGGCGUUGAGCACCACUGACUCGGACUCGGAGUGCGAGUGAAGCACUGGGGUCCGUGCGAGCUGGGGGCAGGCGCUCAGGGCCAGGGGCACCCGGACGCUGGUGGUGCGCGGUGCUGCCGCAAGGGAGGGAAGCGGCCUAGCGGCGUUGAUCCAGUGGCCAAGCAGCAAGGCGGGGCCAUGACCCCACUUGAGAAUGGCACUCAGUCCCUCACGCUCCCUCGACCGUGCUUCGAGCACUUGACCGGCCGCCCAAUCCCGAUUGGUGCGGGCUCGUCCGCCUCAGACUCGCUGCAGGUCAGAUCUUUGGGUUUAAACCCUUGAUGUCUAGGAUUACCGGUACCAUGCGGCGUGAUGGGAGGGGGCACAAGAAGAGCAACAACUUGGGGCUGGGAUAGUAAUACAUUUCAUGCAUAGCCGCUUGCAAUACCGCUGGCCUAACUCUGGUACUGCGCGAUGGAGUAGGUCUUCAAGUGACGUCGCAACGUAUUUGCGGGACUUGUCUCGUUGGGUGUGGUCACCCUAGCAUGUGUGGAGUGGCAUGAUGGGAAGAUGGCCUUGAAAGGGCGCCGUGGCAGGACGGGCAGCUGUGUUGUUUUGCCUUCGACUGAACCCCUGCUUGCAUACCGAUCCGCGUCACAGGCAGAGAUUCGCUUGUGUUCUAGGCGUGCUUGUACGGUAUUAGAGUAUGCCAGGUCAUUAGAGUGCAUUGCGUGUUUGAUACCGCCCACGCGCGCGGGGCGUUACGUGAUGCCACCUUCCAACAAUUGUUUAGGUCGGGGGAAAUCCUCUCAAGUGCACCGUGCAUCACGGACUGAGUAUGAGUCAUUGGCAGGUGACCAGUGCUGCGUGAGCAGGGGGUGGCCACGCUGCAAGGAAGGCUUGUGAAAGAAGUCGCAAUUCGGCAUAUGUGUGGGCAAAUGCAAUCCGAGAAAUGGUUGACCUGACCUGGAUGAUUGUGGACAGCAGGGAGUCAGAGGGGAGUCGGUCCAAGGUCUGACUGCAAUCGGUAACCCUGCAUAUGCUCGGUAUGAUGCAAGCCCACGUUAGUAGCGGCACACCGACGACCGCUAGAGGCCAC